AUGCCAGCCCACAAGCUCGUGCUGGCUCAAGGUAGCGACUACUUCAAGUCAUGCUUCGAAGGCAGCUUCAGCGAAGCGCAGUCCUCCGCUCUCACACUCAAUGACGAUCCGGACCCGCAAGCUCUAUUCCUCCUCAUUGGCACCCUGUACGGUCACCCAGCCUACGACAUGGAGGCACUACGAACGCUAGACAAUCCGAUCACGACCAUCGUCCGCAUCGUCGACCUCCACAUCGUCGCUAACAAGUAUCUCGUCCCCGCGCUGAGCGCCCAGAUCCUGGUCGAUCUCCCCACCAUGCUUCAGCACCUCCGCCCAGGCGAAGCAUUUCACAGGGCGCUGGAGUCGGUGAGUAGACACGUCUAUCUUGAUCGCGUUGAUGCCGCUCGCGAGCUGCGCGGCGCCAUAGUAGGGCAUGUCGUCAAGUACAUACCAGCCUGGACCACCUGCGAUGCCUUCAGAGCGCUGCUUGCCGACAUUCCGGAACUGGCCUUCGAGCUCCUCGUCGCGCUUGUUGGUCCUGAUAAUCUUGCCAGUGAGGCGAAGGAGGAGACGAAGGCUGCGAUUGCAAGCAGGAAACGCGCGAGAGUCAGUGGCGAUGACUCGAUUAGAGAGGUGCGCACUCCACCUUCUGUGAGGGCGGGAGUAAAUCCGCCAUUGAGUGCAUCGACUUUGAGAAGGAGCAGCAUAGACCAGGUCACCCGGCGUCCGACAGGAUCACAGCCUGCCAGAAGGCCAUAA